AUGAGCGAAACGCUCGAACUGGAAGCGAAUGACACCUGCGAUACACAAGAAGACACUGGUAACACAGAUGUUGAUUUGAUGAUACCCAAGACCAUCAAACCGCCUAUGAUCCCCCCGGCCAUACUCAAGAUGUCACCAGAGCCCAUGUAUGGCAACGAAUACUUUGAAAUCGCAAAAUCUAGUGUUGCUGGGUGGGGAGCGUUUGCUACACGAGAUCUGACAAAGGGAGAUGUCAUCCUGAGAGAGAUCCCGUUGUUUGUGGCCGAUACUGAUAAAGUCUUUCACGAAUUCUACAAGCUCGAUGGCAGUGCUAAGAAAGUCGCGCUCAGCCUCCAUUCACAUCGUCUCAUAAAAGGGGGCACGCCUCAAAUCCUCGCAACGCAUAGUUUUGCUGUUGCUCACUAUGUGUCUGGCUUGUUCCCCAUAGCUGCUCGCUUCAACCACGCGUGCGAUCCCAUCAACAAUGUGGAAUACGAGUUUGAUCAGGAUAACGGCGUUCUCACAUUGAUGGUGCGAGAGGAUGUUACUGCUGGAACAGAGCUCAAGAUUUCAUAUGGGAAUAAUCUGAGCCCGCAGGACUUCAGCGGCCAGACAAUACCCGUCCACAAGAUCAUUGUGUUUUCGCAAUCCAGUGUCAUUGAGCAAACGUAUUAUGAAGAAUGGGGGCAUGGAAAAUAUGCAAUAUGUGGUUAUGAUUUCGACGCCGUUGAACGACUGGUUGAUUAUCUAUAUACUGGCAACUAUAAAACAAUACCAUCGGACUCGUCCGAGGAGCAGGACAAGGCUUCUGAACUGAUCACUCAUGAUAAUUUGAUGGGGCUGGCAGACGAAUACAGCAUCCCAGGGCUUCUACAACUGUCAAUGGAAAAAGGCAAAGCGGCCGUUCGGGAUGAGCCAGAGAUACGCGCCCUGAUCGAAUGCAUACCCAAGGUUUAUAAGUCGGUAAUCAACCCGGACAGCAAGAUUUUCAACAUGAUGAUUGAAUCCAUCAGAGAAAGAAUUGGGAGCAUUCCGAUUGAUCAUAACAUACGUUACAUCUUGAACUUUGCAAUGCAGGAGGUUCCGGACUUUGCGAGAGGCGUCGCCAUGUCAUUUGUGACGCAGCAGCCUCAAAAUGAAGAUGUUGACCUGGAUCUCUAA